UCAUGUCCCCGCAGUCACCAGUGGGCACUUUUAUCUGCAUUGGUCACCCAUUAGGCAGGGAGUGAGUGACUUUGAGUGUGUGUGUAUGUGCCCAGUCUCCUCCCCCAAGGUACCUCCCGGCUGCCAGUGCGAAACCCGACCUGCCUUAUAAAUAAUGGAGGCAGGAGCCAGGCGCCGGAUCCAGGCAGCUCCAUCAGCCUCCCCAGGGGCAGGGGAAAGGGCUAAAUGUGGCAGCUAACCGGUCCCCUCCAGUCUGGGGAGCAGUGGUGAAGCUGGGCCUCGGCCUGGGGGUGCUGGGUGGGUGCUGAGCUGGGGGAGAAUGGGGGGACAGCAAUGGGGCAUCCCCCAGCUGCGGGUCCUGCUGCCAGCCGUGGCCUGGUCAGCUGAAGCCCCCCCAUUCCCUGCGUGCCCGCAGCACCCCGGGGUGCUGGAGCUGCAGCGACCGUCCCCGCUGUGCCCCGGGGGCUGCCAGCAGGGCCGGAGCCGGCCGCCGGGGCGAGGGGUCUGCACCAGGAUCUCCGGCUGCCAGCGCCCUGCUGGGGAGAGAGCCAGAGCAAGCAUCCGUCUGUCCAUCCAGCCUGCUAGCCACCCCUCCAUCCCUCCAGCCACCCCUCCGCUCGGACCUCCAUCUCUCCUUCCACCCCUCAUCCCUCCAUUCAUCCCUCCAUUCCUCCAUUGCUCCAUCCACCCUUCCAGCAGACCUUCCUCCCUUCAUCCCUUCAUCCCUCCUCCAUCCUUCCAUUUCUCCGUUGCUCCUCCAUCACUUAUCACUUUCCCAUCUAUCCAUUCUUCCCUCCAUCCUCCCAUCCCUUCAUCCCAGCCUCCAUCCAUCCAUCCCUCCCUCCAUCCCCCCCAUCAUCCCACCCCUGUAUUCCCACCCCCACCCUCUCCCCCUGCCUGCACACCCCGCUGCCAGCCCAGCCCUGCCUGCACCCCCCCGCAUCUCUCCCCCGGCGGCCGUGUCCCGCACCCUCACCUCGCCGCUCCUGGUGCCGGUGCCAUCCCACCUCGAUCCAUUACCGCUCCCGACGACCGUGUCUCUUUAACAGCCUCCGCUGCUGACACGCGUGUGCGUGUGUGAAUCGCGCGUGUGCGUGUGCAGCUCCGGCUCCCCGGGCUGGCGGGCAGGAGGGACCCCCCUUCUCCAUCCCCCCCGGAUCCGGAUCCGGCCCCAUCCCACUCCCACCCCCCUCCCCGCUUAUUUUUCCUGUUGUUCAGCGGGGCUGGGGCGGGGGCCGGGCAGGAUCCGGCCCCUUUUCCAGCGGGGAUUUGGAGGGGGGGAAUUUUUCCAGGUUUUCUUCCCGGUAUUUUUUUUCCUGCUACCGAAAGAGGACGGGCACAAGGCAUGGCAUGAGCUGCGGGAGACGGUGCUGGAGAGAGACCUGUGGAAGAUGUCGAACCCGAGAAACGGUGACACCAAGCCCCCAUGUUUGCCCCGCAAUGGACUGGUGAAGAUCCCCACGCAACCCAACGGCCUCGGCUCCGCCAGCAUCACCAAAGGCACCCCCGCUGUCAAAAACCGCCUGUGCCAGCCUUCCUCUGUGCCUGCCAUCCUCAGCCCGGCCUUAGCGCACCGCAGCGACCUGCCCAUCCCCAGCCUGGCCUCCCCGCUCUCUUUGGCCACUCUGGCCGGCGUCUCCUCCCCUCCCGGUGCUUCCUUGGUGGGACUGAACACAAGCGAAGGCUCGGAGCAGCCCUCUCCAGAGCGGCUGCCCGGCUCGCUCUCGGAGAGGCAGCUGGCAGUGGACGAGAAGAUCCUCAACCGCUUGUUCUGGUACUUUUCGGCGUGCGAGAAGUGCGUGCUGGCUCAGGUGUGCAAGGCAUGGCGGCGGGUGCUCUACCAGCCCAAGUUCUGGGUGGGCUUGACACCCGUCCUGCACACCAAAGAGCUCUACAACGUCCUGCCUGGUGGCGAGAAGGAGUUUGUCAGCCUGCAGGGCUUCGCUGUCCGCGGCUUCGAUGGCUUCUGCCUCGUGGGUGUCUCUGACCUGGACAUUUGUGAGUUCAUUGACAACUACCCCCUCUCCAAGAAGGGGGUCAAGUCCAUGAGCCUUAAGAGGUCAACCAUCACGGACGCAGGGUUGGAGGUGAUGCUGGAGCAGAUGCAAGGUGUGGUGCGGCUGGAGCUGUCGGGCUGCAACGACUUCACAGAGGCCGGGCUGUGGUCCAGCCUCAACGCCCGCAUCACGGCGCUGAGUGUCAGCGACUGCAUCAACGUGGCCGACGACGCCAUCGCCGCCAUCUCGCAGCUCCUGCCCAACCUCACUGAGCUCAACCUGCAAGCCUACCACGUCACCGACACGGCGCUCGCCUACUUCACCGCCAAGCAAGGCUACACCACCCACACCCUGCGCCUCAACUCCUGCUGGGAGAUCACCAACCACGGCGUGGUCAACAUGGUCCACAGCCUGCCCAACCUGAGCGUCCUCAGCCUCUCGGGCUGCUCCAAGGUGACAGAUGAUGGCGUGGAGCUGGUGGCCGAGAACCUGCGGAAGCUGCGCAGCCUCGACCUCUCCUGGUGCCCUCGUAUCACUGACAUGGCCCUGGAGUACAUCGCCUGCGACCUGCACAAGCUAGAGGAGCUGGUGCUCGACAGGUGCGUGCGGAUCACCGACACCGGCCUCAGCUACCUGUCCACCAUGUCGUCCCUGCGGAGCCUCUACCUGCGCUGGUGCUGCCAGGUGCAGGAUUUUGGCCUGAAGCAUCUCCUGAGCAUGGGCAGCCUGCGCCUCCUCUCGCUGGCUGGCUGCCCCUUGCUGACCACCACGGGGCUGUCGGGGCUGGUGCAGCUGCAGGAUCUGGAGGAGCUGGAGCUCACCAACUGCCCUGGCGCCACCCCAGAGCUCUUCAAGUACUUCUCCCAGCACCUCCCGUGCUGCAUGGUGAUCGAGUAGUGCUGGCCCCGGCCGCCCCGCUCCCGCUGCUGCCCCGUCUGACAUCACCCACCCCCUUUUCUUUCCAUCUGUUUGGGGAUGCAAAAGACACUGUCAAAUACAACAGACCCUGGACACCCCCCGCAUCGACACCCCGAGGGACACAGGGCUCUGGGGGGACAUGGGGACAGCGUCACCCCUCGCCAGAGCCUCCCCAGGCAACCUGUAAAUUCCCCCCACACUGCUGACAUCGCCCGUCCUCCACCCAGUGUCCUGCCAAUUCCUUCUGGACAGACGAAUGGAUAUCAUGGAAACCCAAAGUGGGAAGACAACGGUGGGGUGACCCCCCCUGGCCGCAUCCUGCUCCCCCUCUGCCCCAGCACCAAGCGGGCGCAUGGCCCUGCCACCAAGGAUGCUCCUGGGGACCAAAGGAUGCUCCCAGGGAUGGGCGAGAGGAGGAUGCUUAUUUUUGGCACCCACGGGUGGUGGUGGAGGCUGGAUGGGUCCCCUCGCAUUCCCAGAGCGGGUCACCGAGCCACCCCCCCCUCGUGCUGCGUGUCCCCCCGAGCCCCCGGCCCUGCACUUGGGGUGCCCGGCGCUUUCUCCUGGUAAAUAGGAUGUUUCUCUGCGCGCGCCCGCUGCCCUCGCAUGCUCGCUUGCUUCAGUCUUGUGCUACAGCAGGCUCUGGGGUACCCGGGGGGACGGUGACAAGUGACAGCCCCCUCUUGGCUCCUCCAUAUGGCUUCAACGCGGCCAGAUCCCGCCUCUGGGCUCUCCCGGUCCCUCCUCGCCUUGGGGACCCCGCUGCACCCCGGUUUGUGUGGGGUUGGUGGGGUGACAUCGACGCUGAGGAGUGACCCAUCCGGCUGGGAUGGCACAUCCAGGGGACCGGCGCCAGCUCUGAGCCACCGCGGGGCCACCGGCAGCACGGAGUGAAGGUGGGAGGUGGCACUUGGGACACGCUGCCAGCGCCAGCACUCCUCCAGCUGGAAAGCCAUCGCCCGACGCCGGCGGCAAGCGGAGGGACAGGGGAUGAGCCCAGCACGGGCACGGGGCUGGGGUGACCACGGGGACCUGGCGCGGGACGGGGCUCUGUGGCCGUCCCCGCUGCCGCACCGGCUGCCUACAUGGCCCCGGGGCACCGGCAUGGACGCGGACACGGGCACGGGCACGGACACGCUUUCGGUUUGUUUUGCCUUUGUACCGGCCGGGAAGGAACUGCUGCACCAAC